AUGCACCUCUCUACUUACCAUUCCGGCCUCUUAUCCAGGCAUCAAGAGCAGGCCCCGGGAAUCCUUAGAGUGCUACGCCGACACAACAGUGUGUGCCUGUUUGCAGCAUCGCUUGUGCUAGACUCUAAGCCCGGACAAGAGAGGUUUCAGUGCGUAGUGCAACUGCUGCGACUGGCGCUGUGGUUGAAGAAGAAAGGUUGCUAUGACACUGUCUUUGCCCUACAUGAUGGCUUGCAUUCACCCGCGGUGAAGCGCUUAGACACGUGCUGGGCUAUGGUUGAUCGCGUGCCUGGAUACGCAGAAAUGCGGGCGCAGAUACAACGGCUGUGUUCGCCCGCGAAUGACUUCGACAAAUACCGUACUGAAGUGGCCGAGGUAUCGCACCACCGCGGCUUAGUGUACGACUUUUUCGUCUGCUAUGACCUGUACAUUAGCCCGGAGUCUCUGAUGGACAAGAUCUGCUACGAGGUCUUCUACGACUUUGGGACCAUGUCCUUCCUGAAGAUGUACAGGGCUAUACGUAUAGAGGUGGUUGUUGAAGAUGUACAGGUCCAUAUCACGCCAGGGCUGCUCAUAUCGAUGCCAGUGGUGUUCGUAGAUGUCAGUGCUAAACGUAUCGAAGUGUUUGUGAUACCUUGCACGUGA